AGCGUUUGGGAAGCGUCUACGGAAAGUUCUCUUUAAUUAUGGUUUUUAAAAGAAACAAAACGCUUGCGCUUUCGACUAAGAAAGAAACAUGAAUAAUGACUGCUCUGCUCUGCCUCUGCCUCUGGACUAACACUUCUAAUUCAUCAAGAGUCUGGGAGGAUAAGUCUGGAGUUAAAAGUAGGGUUCAGAAGUCAGAGGAGUGCUUGUAAAUGAGUUUGGAUAUGGCUAAAAGCUCUAAUGGCCAACAUACGAGAUCUCUAACUUCACAAUUUAGAGAAUCUACAUACAGAGCCUUAACUUUAUUGCGGAGGAAGGCGAAACAGCAUCAGAUAGCUGGGGAAUGGUGUUGAUCUGCGAUAACCUGGUUGCCUCAUCCCUAUGGCACAAAAUGAUCAUUGAACCUCCGGAGGACCUGGUUAGAGAGCUUCAACAACACCUUGUGGAUUUUUUUCUGGUUGGGUCAGCACUGGUUGAAAGCUUCUGUUUUAUAUCUGCCCAGACAGGAGGGUGGACAAGGCCUAAUUGACAUCAAAUCCAGAAUUGAGAGUUGGCAUGAUGCAGCCUGUGCCAUUUUGAGGAGAGCAGGCAAGAUGAUGUUUGAUCAGCAUAUUUUCCUUAUGGACAUUAACAGACUGGAUUUGUCAGGCUUAACUGCCUUUUAUAGGUCUGUUUUAAAUUCAUGGACUCUUGUUAAUUUUUCACGGGCGCUAAAUGGAAUUAAGCUUUAAGGCUGAGAGAAGAACCUUUACUUUUCAACCUUGCCUUGGACUUGACUUUGUUUGAUAUUUUAAAUUCAGCUGCUCUAAGAAAAGUUAUUUUAUCUGCAAAGGUCACAAAACUUGGACAUUUAUUGUCAUUGAAGGGAUGGAUCUCUACAGAGUCUUUAGUUCACAGACUUGGCAUAAGAUCAAUUUGUAUGGCUAAAAGAUUGCUGACCCAAAUUUCUGAUUCAUUGCGCCAGACUACAGACUUUCUUUAGAAACUUGUAAUCCAGGAGUGGAUAUCUCUAUCUUCCCAGAGCUGCGAAUACAAGUUGCAGCUGGAGAUUGGCAGGAAGUAGAAGCUGGCUUGCUGUUAUCUGUUGUAACCCCUAUGUUGGGUUCUUUUGGAGACACUGGAAGAAAGGACAUUAUGGACUGUGUGAAAGGACUACCUACAUCUGCCUGCUCUUGAGAAUGUCAGAGAAUCUUGCUGGCAUGAGGUUUUUGGAUUAAUAUUUUCCCCUAAAUGUAGCUGGAGGACCUUGUACAAGCCUCCUAUUGAGAAAACAUUUGGAGAUCUUCAGUGGAAGAUUGUGCAUUGUAUAAUAACUAUGAACAGAGACAGAGCAUAUUUUGAUCCACAGAUUUGUUGGAUUGUGUCCUGAUGGAUUUGGAUAAGAUACUAUGAUAGCUUGAGGCGAAGGAGGCUUGCGAUUGGCUGAGAGCAGCAGGAUUUCCUCAAUAUGCUCAGCUUUAUGAAGCCUCUCUGUUCCCCAUCGAGAUCUCAGCUGUGAGGAGAGACCAUGAGUUUCUGGAUCAGGACUCAGUCAAGGCACUAUGCAGGAGGCUAACAACCCUGAACAAAUGUGCUGCAAUGAGCUUAGAGAUUCAUUUCCAUUGUAAACAGCAGAGUGAGGAUUCUGAGGAGGAUGAUGCAUGUGCUCUUAGCUCCCGCUGGGCAUUUCAGCGUGAGAGUAAAACUUGGUCUCGUCUCCGUACCCUCCCACCCACCCCUGUCACACCUGGAAACAGGGCCUCCACCUUAAGACCUUCAGGGAGUAGUGAUAGCGUGCUGAGUGACAUCAGUCUCCUAGAAGUCACCUCGCUGACCUUUGACCUCAGCGCUAGCAGCUUGAGCUUGGACAGUGCACGGGAAACAACUUCUCCGGAGGUUGUGACAUUCAGCGAGGUUGUGGUGAGUGAGGGCUCAUCGUCAGUUUGUGUCUCAUCCAGCCAAGAUGAGAACGAUGAAGCUGGAUCCUCAUCUUCUUUGCCGUCUGUAAGAGAGAAGGCAAAGCGGCCUUCUAGAUCGUUCUUACGGAGGAGAGAGUCUAUAAAGAAGAGGGAACGUGAGAAAGAGACACUGCCUAUGAGCAUUUCAAUGGUUAAUCAACACAAGCCAACCUCAGGUCUACAGUGCACAUCGGAUGCAAGUUUGCCUGGACAAACCACAAGUAAAUGCAAAAUCGGCAAAGAUAUUAUGUGGAAGUCACACACGAUAUGCCGCAGUAAUGUGAGCCAGAAAGCCCUGCACAAGCCUCACAGAGCAUGCCUUUACCUGGAGGACUACCAGUUACACAAUCACAACAACUGUCUGAGGAAAGAGGAAAAUGUGGUUCACCUCCCCUUUGAUCACAAGCCUGGAACUUUCCCCAAAUCUCUAUCAAUCGAGAGCCUCUGUCCAUUCUCCAUUUCUCAAAGACCUGACCAUACUGACUGGCCAGGAGAAGAUGGAGAGUUUUCAUUGGAUGGAAGCAUCAGUCGCAGUGGCUCACAAGACUUUCUCUCAUCUAGUUUUGGGAGGAGGAGGAAUUCAAUCAGCUCAAUUGGAAGCAUUUAUGAUAAUGUCACAGAGGCACCGAGGAGUCCAUGUGACAUAUUUGACCUGGGGAAAGAAAAAACCUUCCAGGAACUUGAUGACAUUUUAAAGCAUGUACAUGAGAUACAGCACAAUAUUGAUGAAUUGUCUCGCUCGCUUGGCCUUCAGCAACAUGACCAAUUAAAUGUAGAGACUGAGUCCAUGACAGACACAACAUUACCCAGUAGCCUGAACUUCGAUGAACGAUCCAUGUCGGAUGUUGGGACGACAGCAAGCGAUUAUGAUAGCACAGGAAACUCUGUGAAUGAGGGAGGAGGAAUGAGAGAGAGGAGGGACUCGGGGGUGGGCGCAUCACUUACGAGACCCAGCAGAAAGUUGCGUUGGCACAGUUUCCAGAACUCUCAUCGGCCGAGCGUGACUUCUGCAUCUUUAGAGAUCAACAGGCAAUCAGCUGCCCAGCUCAACCUGCUGCAGAAGUUCAGCCUCUUACGGCUUACUGCCAUCCUUGAGAAACACACCGAUACCAACAAACAUGGCUGGAACUGGGUGGUUCCGAAGUUUAUGAAGCGGUCCAAAGUUCCAGAUUACAAAGAUAAACACGUGUUUGGGGUUCCGCCAUUUGUAAACGUCCAGCGAACUGGUCAGCCCCUCCCACAAAGCAUCCAGCAGGCAAUGAGAUACCUACGCAGCCAGUGUCUGGAAAAGGUGGGAUUAUUCCGGAAAUCUGGGGUUAAAUCCCGCAUCCAGACUCUCCGGCAGCUCAAUGAGAAUUCCCCUGAUCAUGUGACCUACCAGGGCCAAUCAGCUUACGAUGUGGCUGACCUGAUUAAACAGUACUUUAGGGAUCUACCUGAACCCGUGCUCACCUCCAAACUUACAGACACCUUCUUGCAUAUUUACCAGUUCGUUCCACUGGAACAGCGUUUACAGGCCGUGCAGGCAGCCGUGAUUCUGCUACCUGAUGAGAACAGAGAGGUUUUGCAGACGCUGCUGUAUUUCCUCAGUGACAUUGCAUCUGCGCAGGAGAACCAGAUGACUGCAGAUAGUCUGGCUGUCUGUCUUGCCCCCUCCAUACUGCACCUGAACGCCUCCAAGAAAGAUGGAGCUUCGCCAAGGCUCAUGAGCAGGAAAAGUGUAGCCAAGCCAGACCACAAGGACCUGAGUGAGAACAUGGCUGCCACGCAAUGCCUUAGUCAUAUGGUCACAGAAUGCAAAAAGCUGUUUCAGAUCCCUCAUGAAAUGAUGCUGCAGUCAACGAAUUCUUAUGUGGCGGCUGAUGCCCAGCCGCUGCCUCUGCAUGGGCUCGGGGUCAACACUCUGGGCGAACCUGUGGAUUAUCGGGUUUAUUUGGAAGACAACAUCCAGUGUCUUCUCAGAGAGGCUUCCGAGCGGAGUAAGGGCUGGCACCAUGCCCACGGACCCAAUAACACUGAACUGGCGUAUAAAAAGGUAGGCGAAGGGCACCCCUUGCGCCUAUGGCGUGUUUCUGUCGAGAUAGAAGCCCUGCCUACAGUGGUUCUGCAGCGUGUUUUGCGAGAGCGCCACCUGUGGGAUGAAGAUCUUCUGCACAGUCGAGUCAUUGAAACUUUGGAGAACAACACAGAGGUCCUCCAUUACAUCACGGACAGCAUGGCUCCCCAUCCUCGCAGAAACUUCAUAGUUCUCAGACGGUGGUAUAGUGAUCUUCCAAAGGGCGUGUGUGUUCUUGUGUCGUCCUCUGUUGACCACGAUAAUGUGCAUCUGGAGGCGGGGUUACGGGCCGUGCUGCUGACAUCACGCAUUCUUAUUGAGCCAUGCGGAACGGGGCGGUCCCGGUUAACACAUUAUUGCAGGGCUGAUCUACGGGGGCGCUCUCCUGAUUGGUAUAAUAAAGUAUUCGGACACCUGUGUGCAAUGGAGGUUGCCAGAAUACGGAGUUCUUUCCCUGUUCUAUCAGCACAUGGACCUGAGACAAAGCUCUGAAUCAGAACCCAUCUAGGAAAAAUCUCAGACCAGUUUGAGUUAUUGUAAGAGAGAGAGUGAGAGAAAAUUAGAAUGUAUGAAAGUUCAUGUGUAAGACCAGAAUGACAGUGCAAGUUUGAAAAACUGGGUGAAAAAAUGAAUGACAAUGAGCAGAGAGUACUAUGCAGAAUAAUAGGUGGAGUAUGCAGAGGACCCAUUUGCAGAGGUUUUGACAGUCAUUGAGAAUGAAUGUGAAAAAGCUAAAACUCAAUUUUUUAUAGUUAAUUCUGUAUUUUAAUCUUAUAUAGUAUGUGUGAGUUAUAUUUAAAUGUUUAUUAUCUAUAUGUGUUUAAGCAGUGUUAAACUGUUGUGACUUAAAUUGUUUGUCUAAUCCAUUGUGGUCUGUCAGACACCCCAUUUGUUCUCAGGGUAAAUGUAAAGAUUUCUUUGCAUUUUGACUUGCACAGGAAAUUGUCAUGUGGCACUGAUGAUCAGUCAGCUGGCUAAGAGGGGCAACCAAUUACCAAACAAUUGUUACAUUAUUUGCAGACACUGGAUCAGCUUCUUGUGCACUUUAAAUUCUGUGCAUCAUCAGUCCAAUACCAUCAAAUUGAUUCAGACUGAUGGUUUUCUACACCGGUUAUUUUUUGUAAACUAUUUCAUUCUUUUUACCACCCCUUUUUAUUAUUUAUUUAUGGCACUCAUGUGGCAUGCUUCAGAUGUGAAGUUUUUGUAACUUAAAGUUUGCAUGUAAGCCAUGGGUAAUUACAGUGGUGUCCAAAAUUAUUGGCAUCCUUGGUAAAUAUGAGCAAAGAAGGCUGUGCAAAAUGUGUCUUUAUUGUUUAUCCUUUUGAGCUUUCAUUCAAAAUAUUCACAAAAAUAUAUCCUAUAAUGGAUAUCAAACAAUUGCAAAAAAAUAAUAUUUUUGUAAAAUAUGUGUGGCACAAUUAUUGGCACCCCUAGAAAUUCUUAUGAGUAAAAUAUAUCUGAAAUAUACUCCCAUUCAUAUUUAAAAAACAUGUAGUACACCUCGGUGACUGAGAAUACCCAUUUCCACCAUCAGGGCAAUAAUUAAGAAGUUCCAAUCAACUGGAGAUCUUACGAAUCGACCUGGAAGAAGACCUGUGUCUAUAUUGUCUCCAAGCCUGGUGAGGAGGAUGGUUGGAGUUGCCAAAAAUUCUCCAAGGAUCACAGCUGGAGAAUUGGAAAAAUUUGUUGGGUCUUGUGGUCAGAAAGUCUAAAACAAAAAAAUCAAAAACAUCAGACAUCACCUACAUCACAAGUUGUUUGGGAGGGUUUCAUCAAAAAUUCAAGCAUCUUCAGGUUGCCAGACACUACUGGAACUUCAAAUGGGAUUUGGUUCUAUGGUCCGAUAAAACAAAAAUAAAAGUUUGCUGCUUUUUGGCAGGAAACACCAGAGAUGGGUUUGACGCACACAGCGAGGUAGCCAUAUGGAAAAGUACCACGGUACCAUGGCCAUGGUUAAAUAUGGUGGUGGAUCUCUAUAACGUUGUGGGGCCUGGACAUCUUGUUCAGAUACAUGGCAUCAUGGACUCUACCAAAUACCAACAAAUAAAAAAUCAAACCUGUCUGCCUCAGCCAGAAAGCUUAAAAUGGGCCCUGGUUGGAUCUUCCAACAAGACAAUGAUCCAAAACACACAUCAAAAUCAACAAAUAAAUUGUUCGCUGACCACAAAAUCAAGGUUCUGCCAUGGCCAUCCCAGUCUCCUGAUACCCCAUAGAAAACAUGAGGGGUGAACUGAAGAGGAGAGCCCACCAUGUGGACCUCUGAAUUUGAAGGAUCUGUAGAGAUUAUGUGUGGAGGAAGGGUCUCAGAUCCCUUGCCUCAUUAGGUAUUAUAGGAGAAGACUCAGAGCUGUUAUCUUGGCAAAGGUAUGUUGCACAAACUAUUGAAUAAAACGGUGGCAAUAAUUUUGCCACACAUAUAUUUGACAGAAGUGAAUAUUUUGAAUGAAAUUUGAUAAACAAUAAAGAUUAAUUUCUCACAGCCGCUUUUGCUCUAUUUACCAAGGGUGCCAAUAUUUUUGGCCACCACUGUAUAUUUAAAAGUCUUUUAGUAAAGCUUUACUUUUCACUUUGCAUUUUGAAUCCCUUAAAGAAUAACAUUUUUGUAAUAUAAUUUGAUGAUUUUCUUUCUGAUUGUUAUUCUAAACUGUUUCAGUUUACAUUCAAGUCCUAACUUCCUAAGUGCCUCUUAACAACUAGAUAAAAACUUUUUUUUUUUGUCUGUUCGUCUUAAAAUAUGAUUAUCGUUAAAUCAGUACUGUUCACCAGGGCAUUAUGUAAGACCAAUAUUUUAUUUAUUUAAAGUAUAACAGUAAUUUUACAUUUAAUAGUAUUGUAAAAGCUUGUAUACAUGUUAGUUUCCAAAAGUGUUAUAGCUUUAUGUGCUGUGACUCAGCAAUGCACAGGACUCCAAAGUGCUUCUGAUAUACAGAACGCUGGUCCAUUUACUCUUAAUGUUUAUUGUAUUGUUCUAGCAAGUCCUUUCUUUAUGAACAAUAACUCAGUGUUAAACACAGGUGCCAGAAACAGCUUCAGGUAAUCUGAAACUACCGAAUAUGUUUCCUUUAACAAUGUUGAUUGAUUUGAUUGUAUCUUUCGUUUCAUCUGAAUCAUACUCAUGUGUAUUGUGCCAACUUCACUUUCCGUGCAAUAAGAAUAAAGGGGCUUUU